AGAUUAUCUUAUUGGAAAAACAAAAAUCUCCCCAGGAAGAGGAAAAAAGGAGUGUUGAAAAUCGAGAAGGAUGAGGAUGGAGCGGAGGAGCUGCAGCAACUGAAGGAGGGAAACAGGCUGAGGAGACGAGGACAAUGAAGAGAAACAGAGAAGAAGUCAGAUGAGCUUUGGGCCAGUUUCUUGUCUGAUGUCGGAUCCCGACCAAAACCCAGUACGCCUGCAUCACAGUCGAGCCACGUGCAGAAGGCUGAUUCUUCAGCAUCAAAGGAUUCUCGUUUAUGUGCAGAAACUAAAGCGCCAGAACCUUCUAAAGUCACCAUUACCAAAGUGUUUGACUUUGCCGGAGAAGAGGUCAGAGUAAAUAAAGAGAUAUCAGCCAACUCCAGAGAAGCCAAGAGAUUCCUGAAGAGCCAGAACACAAAAGAAGAAGAGAACAGCUCGGCGUCCAGAGGACCACCUCCUCCUGCUGCCAGGUAUCGAUCAUACACGUUCAGAGAAAGUGCGCAGGACUCUGGCGGGGGUUUCCGCUCUUAA